AUGCCGAUUUCAAGGCGUGAUAAGAAAGUUGAACUUACACAAGUUCCAAAACAUGCCUCGAAGAAAAAGGAGCACAUUGCAAAGGUCCGCCAAUAUAUAGAUGAAUAUGGGAGAGUAUAUGUAAUAGCUGUGCAAAAUCUUCGUACCCAAAAAGUUUCGGAAAUACGAAAAAACAUGGAGAAAAUCAAGCUUUUAUUUGGUGUCAACAAGGUGACGGCUUUGGCUUUGGGUAAAACCCGUGGCGAAAGUUAUCGACCAAAAUUGCAUCUUCUCUGUAAAUAUUUGAAAGGACAAUGUGCCCUUUUAUUUUCUAAGUCAUUGCCUUCAGAACUACGUGUACAGCUCGAUGCAUUCCGUUCUUCAGAAUAUAGUAGACCAGGUGUACUUGCUGAGCAGACUGUUCGAAUCGCAUCUGGUCCAUUGCCCAAAUUCCCUCAUUCUAUGGAGCCUGUUUUGCGCCAAUUAGGAAUGCCGGUUAAAUUAGUCCGAGGUGUUGUCCAUUUAGAAAAGGAGUAUCUUGUGUGCAACAGAGGAGAUGUUCUUUCGCCUGAACAGUGUCGCAUUCUAGUCAGAGAAAAACUUCACGGCUGAUGCCGAUCAGCAGUGUAAUAAUCCGAGGAUGACGCAAGUCGUUACUGUGCCAUUUGCACAUAUAAUAUGGUGUAAUGUAAUAUGAUAGCUUCUAAUCUCCAUAGGCAGAAAUUAACGUACUUCCUGGGACUUAGUGCAUCAACUCACUCAUUUUUCUAAAAGUUAGAGUUAAUAAUGACAGGGUUAAGUUGCGUGUGUUGUUGAUGUACCGAAAAGCUGUGGCGGUAACGUUAAAGCCAGAUGUUUAUUUAAAAUAUCUGGAUAUAACACCUCAUAAACUACUUCAGCCAUCUGCAAUUUUCUGAUGUUCUGUAGAUCAAGCGUGAUAUCCACUCGACCUUUUAGGAUUCUGAUAUACUGUUGCAUUCUUGGUACGACUAACAGUCAAUUGCAGCGUCUCCUGGACUUAACAUCCUACAAGCUAUAUGCCUUGUCUCUAUAACAAAUGAUUCUCUGAAAAUUUGAAAACUUAUAUGAAGGAGAUGAAUAUUUACCAGUUUCGUUAUCUAUCUAUACGGCACAUGUUAUCAGAUGGACCACAGAUCUACUGAAAAUUCCUAAAUGUGAGCCUUGAAUGUUUUUUUUUAUUUAUUUUCUUCACUCGGUCCGCUGUCCUUUUUUGUGUUAACUUUAUCUAGUCUUUAAUAGAUUUUUCAAAACAAGGUUGUAAUCACAUAUCAUACUGUUUCUCACCUGAUCUACUAACUUAUCAAACAUUUUUUUCAGAUUAUUGAGUUAUCAUAAUUUAAUAUGAGUUAAAUGUGAAGUUAUUUCCCAGUCUGUUCUUUCCUCCCUCUUUUUACUGUAACUAGUUCCGGGGUUAGCUUUUCCCUGACAGAAGUGAUUUAAUAGUGAAUUUCAGUUUUCUUUUGAAAUCAAGGAUCAAUUUCCGUGUAUUCAUUUAUACUGCAGUUCUUAUGAUCUGACUACCAUCUCGUGACUACUUAUCUCUCGUUUUAUAUGACCCACCGUGAUUAACAUUGGUACCACGCACUUGGUGGUCUCAACAGACAUGAACAAUGCU